UUAUGCUUCUCCACUUAUUUAUGGGCAAACGGAGGCCUCUUUCAUAUUUUCAGCUGUCAAAAUAUUUACCAUUGGCAUUUCUUUUAUUGUCAGAUAGGAACUUUGGUUUUGGUCACACAAUCUGACAAUUAGGGAUCUUUUUUUCUCUCGUUGUUUUGUUGUAUAUGGUUGUUAGAAUUAAUUAUGUAUUUAUUGUACUCCUAGUCCCUAUGCGCCACCUCUGGCUGCGCAGGCCCUUUGGGCUGCCUCUAUCUGCUAUAUAUAUGUGUAAUCACCCCUGGAAUCCUUAUUAAGUCUUUUGUCUAUUCUCUAAUAUGGUAUCAGUCUAAACACGAUCCCUUCCGCUCCCUCGGCGCCCGCCUCGCACCGCGUCCGCGCGGUGCCUCGUGCCGCGCCCGCCCCAUUGGCUGCUGUGCGGGCCGCCUUCCCGGCCGUCGCCGCGCCCCCAUGGCCGCCACCUCAGGCUCGGCCGCCUCUGCUGUGGCCGCCGCAACGAAACUCCGCGACGAAGCUGCCACCGCCGCCCAGAAGCUCGAAGACGAAGCCACCUCCCUCCGCUCCUCCGACAUGGAGCGCAGCCUCCAACUCCAGGCGGAGGCGGACCUCCUCAAGUCCGCCGCCGCGGCCCAAGACCGUGUCCGCGCUGCCGCCGACGCCCUGGAAAAGGAGCGCGCCCAGGCGGACCUCCUCGAGCAGCAGGCCGCGGACCUCUGGGAACGGCUUCGCCCCGAGCCUCGUCGUGAUGACGACCACCAUGAAGAGGACGACGCCCGCUCCUUCUCCUUUGAAGCUGCUGCCGUCACUCAUCUCCACAGCCAAGCUGCCGCUGUCCAGAACAUCAAGAACCUCAUUCCCAUUGUUCUGGACCUCAACUCCAACUACUCCAAGUGGCGUGGCUACGUUCUGCUCAUCCUCGGCCGCUUCGCUUUGAAGGACCACGUCCUCAGCGACGCCGCCCGUCCUGAUGAUCCGGCGUGGGCUCGCAUGGACUGCGUCGUCGUCUCGUGGCUCUUCAACACCAUCUCCGCCGAUCUCUUGGACGUUGUUCAUGAGCCCGACGGUCUAUCUGCACGGGCGGCAUGGCUCGGGAUCGAGCAGCAGUUUCUGAACAAUCGCGAAUCCCGUGCCAUGCUCCUCGACGCUGAGUUCCGCACCCUCACCCAAGGCGCCCUCUCCAUCGACGAUUUCUGCCGCAAGAUGAAGGGUAUGGCGGACGCUCUUGCCGACCUCGGCGAACCUGUUCCAGAUCGCACGCUCGUCUUGAACGUGCUGCGCGGUCUGAACGAGCGGUUCCAGUUCAUGGCUCAGCUUGUCACCCGCCAGAGGCCGUUCCCUUCGUUCACCGACGUCCGCGCUGACCUGCGCCUGGCUGAGCUGAACAUGACGCCUUCGUCGGCGGCUCCCUCGGCCCUUGUCAUUUCGGCGCCCCGCAAGACCAACGCUCCCACGCAGGCGUCUGCUCCUGUCCUCCCGCGUCCUCCUCAGGCAGCCGGGGCGACCGGGGGAGCCUCGCCUCCCAACAACCGUGGUCGCCGUCGCCGCGGCGGGCGCGGCCAGGGAAACUCCAGUGGCUCUGGCUCGAGCCCUGCUCCACCAGGCAGCACGCAGGGUUCCACUCCAUGGCCCUCCUUCCUCAAUCCGUGGACCGGGUCCAUUCACAUGUGGCCCGGUUCCACCCCUGGUGGUCAGCGUGGCCCCCCACCUCACGUCGGCAGCUCGCCUCAUCAAGCUAUGGCGGUUGGCGCACCCCCGAAGUUCUACCCCCCGGCGCCUGGGGCGUACUAUGCAGCGCCUCCACAGGCGCCCCCUCCGGCUUGGUCGCCUUGGAACCCGGAGUCCCUGGCCAACGCGUUCAGCACGGUCUCCCUCACCCCUCCCCCGAACCCUUCGGAGUGGGUCAUCGACUCGGGUGCCUCAUCGCACAUUGCUGCGAAUCCUGGAUCUUCGUACCAGGAACCUCCUCCUUCGCUGUGACAGCUCGGGCCCUCUGUACACCCUGCAACUUCCGUCAUCACCUUCCGGUUCCUGCGCCCUCGUUGCCACUCCUUCAUCAACCACUUGGCACUGCCGUCUCGGUCACCCUGGGUCAUCUACACUCCAGCACCUC